AUGGAAAAAUACAGUGAGUCUCUGCCACCAAACCUUCAUAAAGCUUUCCCUCAUCACCUAAGUGUCAAGCUGCAGCUCCUGGCGGGGCGGGUCCCGAGCUUCCCUGACUUCCCCGAGCCCGGCAUUCUAUUCCGGGACAUCACUCCUUUGCUGAAGGACCCAGAUGCUUUCAAGGCCAGCAUUGAGCUUCUGGCCCAUCACCUGAAAGAAAACCACAAGACAAAGAUCGAUUAUAUUGCAGGUUUGGAAGCUCGGGGCUUCCUGUUUGGUCCCUCUCUGGCCCAGAAACUCGGCAUCGGGUUUGUGCUCAUUCAGAAGCAAGGGAAGCUCCCGGGGCCCACGGUGUCCAUCACUCACUCUCUGGAAUAUGGUCAGGCAGAAUUGGAGAUCCGGAAAGACGCCGUUGAGCCGGGACAGAAGGUGGUGAUUGUGGAUGAUUGGCUGGCCACUGGAGGUACCAUGGAGGCCGCCUGCAAACUUCUGCAGAGCCUCAAGGCCGAGGUGCUGGAGUGCCUGACCCCGGUGGAGCUGACCUCACUGAAGGGGAGGGAGAAGGUGGCCCCCGUGCCCUUCUUCUCCUUGCUGCAGUACAACUGA